AUGACACUCACACCACACGACCUACAACAACACCCUACAAAGACAAGCAAACCCCACACACGCACACUACCCAGCGCGAGUAUUACAGAACCAGCACCAAAGCCAAACAAAACACAACACCCAACGGUAAAAAACCUCCUACGCACAACACCACACCGCCACACCGCCCUUCCACCCCCACCGCCCCACCCGACCCCAAACCCCAGCCAAGCAAGCCCUCCCCGCCCAAACCCAGAGGACGUUCGGGGCCUCCAGCACCUCGCUCCGCUCCGUCCGCCCUCACCGUAUACAAAGACUAAUAACCGCCUCACCACCCAGUCGUACAGGCAAUCCAAAGGCAGUGACCCAGGGAGCCCCUUCCCUGUCAAAGAAUACAGUACGAACCACUCCAACAACUUGAAUUUCGUGCCGGCCUUUUUCCGCCCUCCUCCAACGCCCCGCGUCGGAUUAGCACACCAUGCCCAACCGCAAGUGUCAUGUCAUAGUAGAAUCUAG